GCGUAUAAAAAUUUGAUUCCUAGUAAGGAUAAGAAUGAAACUUUAGCAAAAUAGUCUGAAGCCGGAUUAUUUAAUGGGCCAGUUACUGGUGUGCGCGUGGUUUCUUACAAAUACCUCGCCCUUUGAUACGUCUGUCCAAUGCUGUUCUCAAUGAAACUCAACAGACGACAAACCGUAGUUCUUCAAUUUCAUAGAAAAUAGCCGUGUACUCGUAGUCAAUAUGAAUAACUGACUCGCUGACGAGUUGAAUAUUGCUCAUUAUGGCGUAUGCUUAUUAUGACGUAAUAAGGCGUGUGUUUUCCCAAAUAUUGUAAUUCUAAAGAAACUAGUCAGUGAGCGACUAUUCGCUUAUAUUCGCUGACGGAUGCCAUGAAACUUCGCCGGAAUAAAGUGGGAGUCGUCCCACCAGACGAUAGCGGAGGAUAUGGCGUAUCACGUACCGGUAGUACCAAAAAGCGGAGUCGAAGAAAUCGUAAAAAGUUGGAUACAAAAGCAGAUGUUGAUGAAGAAAUGCAGUACUUGAGCGCUGUACAAUGCAUCAUUGCAUUCGCGACUUGGUUUGGUAAGAGACUGAAGAAAGCCAACAAUUCUGUGGGCUUGCCAUGUUUCUUCAGAUAUAAGGCCAAAGAUUCGUCAUCGGACCAGACUUGCGAUUACGAGCCUAAUGAGAAGAAGAAUGGAAGAUGGUAUAGAAAACAGAAGAGAAGAAACUAUGGAGAGAAAUAUGUUAAAGAUAACAUCAACAAGGAAGCUGUCAGAUCUACUUUGGCUAAAAUAUUUUCCAGCCUGAAGAAGAAAAAGAAGAUGAAUGAUAACAUGAAAGGAGCGGAGAACCGCGACAAAAAGCAUGGAAGGUCACUAAGAGCUAUGAUGGAAAUUAUUACAUCAUGCUUCCCAAAGAGCGACAAACUGUAUAAGAUGAAAAACAAAACAAUGAACGGUGCAUGUGACAGUGGGGGUGGUGGAACAACCUGCCUCCCACGAACACCUUCACCAGUAAAGAUGAAAAACAAAACAAUGAACGAUGCAUGUGACAGUGGGGUUGGUGGAACAACCUGCUCCCCACGCACACCCUCGCCUCCAAAAUCUACGGAUUCUGGCAAGUUGGUGUCUGCAGCUGAUGAUGGACCUGGUGAUGAUCGAGAUGGACAUAAGAAAUCUGAUGGAGAUGAGAAAUUGUCUGUUGGAAGCAAAAACUCAGAAAGGAAUGAAGAUGAGAAUGCAGCGUAUGACGAUGAUUUUUUCGAUUCGUUUGAUGAUUCGAUUUCUGCGGAUUUCAGUGACUUCGUUACCGAUGUGAUUGAUAUUGCUCAAGGGAACAUCAAUCCCAAAAUCGAAUCUGGCAACAGCAGUGAUGCAUCUUCGAUUGCGAAGAAUAUCAACGACUUUGUUGCGGAAGCAAUUGGCAGCGCAAAAGAGAAUAUCAAUAAGGAAGAAGAAGAGAAGCGUAAGAGAGAAGAAUUUUUGCAAUCAAUGAGACUUGCCAUGGAAUUGAGAGAAAUUGCUGGUGAAAUGGCCUUCAAUGCAAUCUGUGGAGCAAUUGUUCAACUGGAACAUGAGAAGGAUGAGAAUGUUGGUGAUGACAAUGUGAUGAAUAUUUUGUCUGGAUACACUGCAUCAGUAGAGAAGAAUCGUACCGAGAAAAUGUGCAGAGGAAUUGCCCAGUCCGUGGUUCUGGAUACGAUGGAUAUUAUUCGCAGAAAGGAAGAGGAGAAGCGUGAAAUCACAUCCAUUCUUCAAAAAUACAAGAAAAAGGUUCCAGAACCGAUUUCACUUCUACCUUCAACAUCCGAAAUGAUUCCAGUCGCAAAGACGGUACAACCAUUUGUUGCAGCCAUCAGGAUAGAACCUGAAUUUUCUGGAACUUUUGCGGAGUUUUCAGCUCCGUUUCCAACUUCCAACAUCAAUCUUCGAAAGACAAGAAAACGUGCGGUUUUCACACCUCAAAUGCAGGUUAUUACCCGCGAAGAAGAGGAAGAGUUGCUGAGAAAGGCAACUGGAAAAUGUCCUCCCAGUAAGGACAGAGAGCGGCAAUAAUUCAGGAUAUUGUAUACGACAGCACGUCGAACUUUGAUUGUGCUAGUCGUGAUUAUUUUAAAAAUUUAUUUUGUUAUAUUUUGUAUAUUUUUGUACGGCAAUACUCCCAACAUUCUAACGUCAUAAAUUGUUAAUAAAUUCAUUUUUUCAUGUACAUUUUAUAAAAGUUUACCCCAUAUGCACUGCCCUUUGCCAUGAAAGUGAUAAAACGUAUUAGUUUUAUCGAAGUUACCAAUCACGGUUAUAUCUUUAUUUACCUUGAAUUUUGAUAUAUUCGCAUAACAAAAAUGUUUAGCAAAGAUGGUAUGACAACAGAACUCAACAUUUUUUGGCUUGUUUGGUUCCAGUUAUCUAUGAUCCUCACCUAUCACUGUGCUUCAGAAUUAGUUACACGUCACAUAUGUGCGCUGUUUAUGAUUCUGAACAGUUAGAAGAUUUCGAACAAGUUUAGUAUUGGAAAAAUCCCGUACAAAUUUUAUAGUGAACGAAUAGAUCUGAGUCGAAAUAAAUAAAUGCAAUCCCCGUGCCGUGACAAAAUACAUUACAAAACAUUUUAAAUUAGUAACUGGCCAAAGUUAUAAAAAUUAAUUGUCGAACGAAUAAUGCAAAACAUACUGCAUUAUUAAACGAUCUUAACGUGAAUAUGUGAUGCGGUAUCCAAGUCCACUAUAUAUAAUCCAAACACAAAUUAUUUUGUGAAUAGGAUAUUUACUUGGGGUGAGUACCUUUUGCUUUUUUAAGACAUGUUCUUCAAGGUAAAAAAUCAAUUCUUAACUUGAUGCAUUAUUAAGUCACCAGCGCAUAAAGUACAUUUUUUGUAGUUUUAGUCAUAGAUUAUGCUUUGUUUGUCAGGCUGCCUAGCAGAGUCCCUCUUUCGUUCAAGAUUUUUCUCUUACUUUAGAUAAUAUUAUUAGAAUUUAAAA